UCUCCAACUAAAUGCUUAUUUAAUAAGACAAGACUAUUGACAGAUUUGAUUUAUCAAUUAUUAUAAUGCAUCGCUCCAUCAACAAGACAGCUCAGGAACAUGAUCAAAAAAAAUCAAGAGGGAAAAGAACAAGGAAGAUGCCAACAAAAGACGAAACGGCCACACUCCGAGGGACUCUGCAGGAAAUGCUGUCUUUAAAACUAAACACACGAGGAGGAAAGGAGGGGAAAGAAGAAGAAGAAGAAGAAGAAGAAGAAGAAAAUAGAACUGUCCAAUAUCAGGAACCCGCCGUCGAUUCGUUACAAGAGCUUUCGGUAUUCGCCUUGAAAAAGAUGUCCCUACAUCCAUCCCAACCAGUUAUCACGUAAAGAGAAGAAUAACAAAGACAAAAAGAAGAAGAAAGAAAGAGAAGGGUGAGAAUAGCCCCGAUUAGCGGCUUUCAAGCAAGGAGUGCAUGGGCACAUUGGCCCGUCGUAGUUGCUCCUGUGUUUGUUGGCUGAUGGGGCCGACCUCUUGGAUAGAGAGCAUGUCUUCGAAGACCUCGUUGAAGGUGUCGAUGACGCCAG